GGGCCAAUACACUACAGAAAAGCAAAAGCCCCUCGGCAACAACCCCAAAUCAGAAACUUGAGCGGAGAAAGUAGCAACUCCAACUCAAGACCGCCUUCUGCGACUGUUACUGACGGGAAAGCAAAGAAGGAAGCAAGCAAGGGAAAAUGGCGUACUUGAGCAUGGGAGAAUCACACAGAAGAAUCACCGACUACCUCAAUAGGUUCGCCGACGCUAUCAACUACCAGGAUGGAGAUUCUCUGGCUCGGCUGUUCUCUAUCUCAUCCGACACCCCCUCUCUCCUCUCGCUCGCUGACGCUCUCAACGUCUUCCAGGAUGCUAAUAGACUGAUAAAGCAAUCGGAGAAAUUCUCGCAAUAUGGGGAAGUGGUUGCUCCUUUCUUUCGUUCACUGCAAAGCUAUCGACUUGGCAACUUGGUUGAUGCUUACGGAGCAUUUGAGAAAGCUUCCAAUGCCUUUAUACAGGAGUUCCGGAACUGGGAAUCGGGUUGGGCGUUGGAGGCACUGUAUGUCAUCGCUUAUGAGAUAAGGGUUCUUGCGGAGAGGGCAGAUAGAGAGCUGGCUUCAAAUGGAAAAUCGCCGGAGAAAUUGAAGGGAGCGGGGUCAUUCCUCAUGAAAGUGUUCGGUGUUCUUGCUGGGAAAGGCCCGAAGCGUGUAGGAGCACUGUAUGUAACUUGUCAGUUGUUCAAAAUAUACUUUAAGCUUGGCACAGUUCAUCUUUGCCGUAGUGUGAUAAGAAGUAUUGAAACUGCCCGAAUAUUUGAUUUUGAGGAAUUCCCUACGAGGGAUAAGGUCACUUACAUGUACUACACUGGCCGUCUGGAAGUUCUCAAUGAAAAUUUCCCAGCUGCAGAUCAAAAGCUGUCCUAUGCCUUAACACAUUGCAGUCUCAACAAAGAAGCAAAUAUAAGAAUGAUACUGAAAUACUUGAUACCAGUGAAGCUUUCAAUAGGCAUUUUACCAAAGAAACAGCUCAUUGAAAACUAUAACUUAGUUGAGUACAACAAUAUUGUGGAAGCACUAAAGAGAGGUGAUCUCCGACUGCUUCGAAGUGCUCUCCAAGAGAAUGAAGAUCAGUAUGUUUCUACGAUCAGGAGUUUAUCUUGUCCUAGAGAAGCUAGAGCUUCAAGUUUAUCAAAGAUUACUAAAGAAAAUCUACAUCAUCCAAAAGCUAAAGGACCCCAGCAAAGCUCACCAAAUGAAGUUGGAAGUGAUUGUUAAAGCAUUAAAAUGGCUCGAGAUUGAAAUGGACUUGGACGAGGUGGAGUGCAUAGUGGCAAUUUUGAUAUACAAGAACCUUAUGAAAGGUUACUUUGCCCACAAGAGCAAGGUUGUAGUGCUGAGCAAGCAAGAUCCUUUUCCCAAAUUAAACGGAAAGCCGGUUGCUACUUAGGGAGUGAUUCAAGGCCCUUUUUGGCGGCAGUAGAAAUUCUUAGUUCUGAAUGUAGUGCUAUACGCAUCUGACUUUGACUUGCCUUACUGAGAGUGUCAGAGAUUCGAGAAUCAAGAAAGCUGCAUAGCAAUGUACUGUCGUGUGCCAAAUAUAUGUUGUAUGCUAUAUCUAAUCCAAUUUUGAUGUUCAGCUUUCUCUUGUUCACAAAAUUUCGUUCCUAUUUUCGUAGCCUCCUGUCAAGUAACAUUUCCUCUUCUUUCACAAUCAAACAAGGUUUGGAUGUUAAUAAUUUGAGUUACGACAACAUGAGCUUGCUCAUUCAAGAAAAAAGCUGCAAACUUGCUAAUCAAGGAAUGAAGAUCAUAUCGUGAAGUCCCAACUCCUGGCACACAUACGAAGGAAACCUGGUGAGACGCUAGAAUCUCAAAGCUUCGAGCCUAGACGGAUUGCGUGGCCAUCAAGACGCUAGAAUCUCAAAGCUUGGAGCCUAGAUGGGUUGAGUGGCCAUCUCCGAGAGAUAACACGUAAAGAGCGACACAGCAUCUUGCAGAUGGUUCGAGCAAAGAUCUUCAGGGACGGGAGCUGUAAGAACAGUCUCAAAGCAGCUCAACUGGGCAUCCCGUGAUUCUCCCCAACUACUUAUUGAUAGCAGCAACUCAGAUAUUUCCUCAGCCAUCUUUGAGUACGCAAUCCUGCACCGGUUGGCAAUCUAUCACCCAAAGUCUCUAGAGAUUCAUUAAGCUGACUAAGGAAGCCUCUGCAUUCAGAAUUCCUGCUCUCAAGAGAAUCCUUUCGUUCAUAGUAUCGUUGUCCUCUCGGAAUGAACUUUUAAGCUGCAAGAAGGAAAUAUAGAUUCCAGCUCCCAAGUCCCAGUUUUCAAUUUCAGAUUUUUGUUCCUCCAUUUGAGUAGCAAGCCUCCAAACUUCUGAAUGCUCGCCAGACAAAAACAGUGUAUGAGCGACUGAAGAUGUAAAAAUAGAAUGAGCCUUCUGCCAGUGUGCACAUUCAAGGAAGUGCUCAAGAGCCUUUGAUAGAUCCCCUUGGGAGGAAUAAACUAUACCAUAGCUUCAUGAAGCCACUCUGAUGGAAUUUCAAGGUUCUGAAUGAACUGGUAUUGUGAUUCGUUUGAACUCCAAGUUUCACAAUACUGAAACAAAAUUUCCCGAAUUACAGUAGCAUGGAGAUAAGGAUAAUCAUCACAUUGUGGCAUGUGAAGCACCACAUAGAUCGCCCAAUGACAUUGUCCAGUGCAUAAUAACUGGGAAACAAUUCCCAUGUCAAGCACUUGAAGAUCAUUAGAAGUAAAGACACCAACUGCUUCCAGCACUGCUCUUUGAUGCCAAAUCAUAUGGUAGUCUAGCGGAUCAUAUGUUGAUGAAGAAGUACUGAACAUGGUCUUCAGAGAGCCAAAUUUACCCUCCGCAUUGGCAUGAAGAAGCAUGAGAUAGUAUGUGAGAUCAAAGUUCUUUUCUGUAGCCUCCAUUUCCUCAUUAACCGGUCCUUCGUCUAGAUAAAUUGGAAGAGGAUAUGGAGCUUUACCUUCACCAAGGAGGAGUUCGUAAUUUUUGAAAAUAGCAGGCAAUGGUGUGUCAGGCGAUAGGCAAUACCACAUCAGCAACCCUAAGAAUCGUUUCCAGUCAAUUUGAACACCCUGCAAAGCAUUGUGAAUAUUACCAGAAAGCAACUCAUAGAUCCUUGUCCUCUCCUUCUCGACAAAAUUGAAAUCUAGUCCAUUGGUCCUCCAAAUAUCAAGUUGUCGUGCAACAUCAGUACGAUUAACAGUUGAUCCACCAGCCUGACUAAGCAAACACGCCAAUCUGACAUCUCCUCUGGAAACAGCCAUUUCGACUGCUGCAUCAAGCUGUCUCCCAGUAAGGAGUAUGAAGAUGUGUUCUAGAUAACUUGAUUCGUCCAAGGAGCUCACAUCCUCUUGAACACGAUGACAUACACUUUCUUGCAACCAACAACUGAACUCUGCUCUCCUAAUAAGAGGAAGUGCUUCCUCGUCAAUUUCUGGAGACCCUUCUUUAACAUCUGGCAUCAUGUCUUCCUCAUUGUCAGCACCCAAAGGAUUUGGUCGCCCACCAUUUUCCCUUUCAGAGAAAAGAACUUUCACCAAUUCCCAGAUCAGGACUUGGUGCAUCAAAACCAGACGUGAGGAUGAAGACAAUCCAGGAACCUCCAGCUGUCCCUCAAUUAUAUCUAUAUAACUCCGACAAAUUUCAGCAAGAGCCAGCCGAUUAAUGAUCACCUUCUGAAGUUUCAGUGUAAAUGACCCUACAUGAACUUGUUUUAUAUCAUGACUUAACGAUUUGUGAAGAUUCAAAGGGGCAUCAAAAGCACAGUCAACAAGUUCCUUUCUGGUUUUAUCAUUUUCAUCCCUAACCACUUUGUCAAUGCUAACUUUCUCGACAUUUAUGACAGACGAUAACCAUCUUUCAGAGCUCUUACUACUUACAGGAGCACCAGAAUGAAGAAGAACACCAUUUGGGCCCCAUCCGACACGGAAUGAUUUGCCCAUGAAUAAACCAGCGUCAACUAUGUUGCGAGAAUGGCUUCCAGUUACAGGUGUCUGGCGGUCCAGGUUGAUCUUGAAGCCUUCACCUCUAAUUGGUUUUAAAGGCAAUGCUAUCUUUUGUUGGGCCAUCAAUAUAUUUCCAGGAGAAGUAGAGUCAACACCAGCGGGAUUGUACUCGAGCAAAGCCAAUGGAGUUUUCCUAACUGCAGGCGGACUAGAUCUGUGACUUGUCCUCUGCGAGGCAUUCAGCAACGAACGCUUCAUGUGUUCUUUACUUCUGGACGACUUGGGAUAAGAGAGAUCAUUCAAAUCUUCUACCCCAUCCUCAUCCUCAGAUGGAAACAUUAACAUCUUCAUCUCUUUCAUCUUUCUAGGGUCAAGGCCAAGAUGUGCUGGAAGAGAAUGAUAAAGCAUAGGCUCAAUUUCUUCUUCGGCUUCCCCAGUCUCCUCCGGAAUCUCUGCAUCAUUAUUCAUCCUGGAAGGAUCGUGAACUUCCUCAACAUCAUCCAUUGUGAUGUCUUCUUCAUCAUCUUCAGUCAAUCCAAAACGACUAAAAUGUUGGACUGAAAACCUCCAGUCACCACUCUUGGGGUCAAACGAAAUAAAGCGAGCUCCUUGCCUCUCCAUGCUCUUUCUCAAUUUCUCCACAAGAUCUAGGAGCUGCUCUUUAUUUGGGUUUAAAGGUCUUAUCUUCAAAUUCAGAGUUACUUCAGCAGGCUUGUUGAGCCCCAGACCAACUGCAGGCUUGACACUUUCAUCCCCAUAUACAACAAUUUCAUGUCUGUACAACUUUACAAUGGGAUCAACUUCCAACAACCUAACAUCAGUUUUUCCCAGAAACUUGACACAACCAUAACCAAACCUCCCAACCGUGAAAUUUGAUACUCGACCGCAAUAACCAGGAUCUGCAACUUCCCUGGCGGCCAAAUCAGCCAAGCAAGGCUCAAUGUAAUAGUCUGAUGCGGUUAAAAUGGGCAGCGAAGCUUCUGCCUCUCUCAAGCCCCUGUCAAUCGAUAUUCUUCUUUUCUUGUAUUGCGUUUCUAAAUGGGUAGUUGGGACAUCAAAACCCGCUCCACAGGAAGUCCCAAAAGCGGCAGUACACAGCAUGCUCUGAUCUUCACCACAACUCCCUGAGCGAGGAGGAGUAGGAGGAGCGAGAGCGGAAGACGCCAUGAGUGAUCUCUCAGAAGCAGCAGCAACCAGGGCCGGAGGAAGAAGAAAA